AUGAUACAUGAAAACUUCUUUAUUUUUCCACAUCUAGCUGCUACACAAAAUGCAUGCGAACCUCAUGAACCCCAAUUUCUACAGUCCGUGGAAAGCUACUUUGACCGUGCUGCCAAAUUAAGUGAUAUUGCUGGAGGCACACUCAGCCAUUUGCGCGCCGUUGAUAGUACCAUUCGUGUCACGUUCCCUAUUGAAACAGGCGAUGGAAAGACGGAGGUGAUUGAAGGCUAUCGUGCUCAACAUUCUCGUCACCGCUUGCCUGUUAAGGGAGGCAUCCGAUACUCCGAAGAAGUAGAUUUACAAGAAGUCGAAGCAUUGGCGUCCUUGAUGACGUACAAAUGUGCCGUUGUGAAUGUUCCAUUCGGUGGUGCCAAGGGUGGUAUCAAGAUUGAUCCUGCUCAGUAUACCGCGGAGCAAUUGGAGCGAAUAACCCGUCGCUACACAAUGGAACUGUGCCAAAAGAAGUUUAUUGGUCCCGGCACUGACGUGCCAGCACCCGAUGUUGGUACGGGUCCAAGGGAAAUGUCGUGGAUCAUGGAUACCUAUCGACAGUUCAACCCCGAUGAUGUUAAUGCGGCUGGUUGCGUUACUGGCAAGCCAUUGUCCCAGGGUGGUGUACGGGGUCGUACAGAAGCUACUGGUCUUGGUGUAUACUUUGGUGUUCGUGAGUUCCUUUCAUAUCCUGAAGUCCAAAAAAUAACCGGCUUGAGCGGCAAAAUUGCAGGCUCAACCGUCAUCGUCCAAGGUUUCGGCAACGUCGGCUAUUAUGCUGCCAAAUUCUUUGAAGAAAAUGGUGCCAAGGUCGUUGGUAUCGGAGAACGCGACUGUGCUAUUUAUGAUCCUCAUGGCUUGAAGGUUGAUGAACUGUACCAGCACCAUCGUGAUACAGGUAGCUUCCGUGGCUACUCAGAUACUGUCGAGAUCAUCAACGACUCCGUACAAGUCCUUGAGCGCGAGUGCGAUAUUCUCAUCCCAGCUGCUCUUGAGCGCCAGAUCGGUCUGCGAAAUGCCGACAAGAUCAAGGCCAAAAUUAUCGGUGAAGGUGCCAACGGUCCCAUGACGCCUGGUGCGCAUGAAGUUUUGGAAAAGCGUGGCGUUGUUGUUGUCCCUGAUUUACUGGCUAAUGCAGGCGGUGUUGUCGUGUCCUACUUUGAAUGGCUCAAGAACUUGUCCCACGUUCGCUUUGGUCGUAUGGAUAAGAAGUGGGAUGAGUCGGUCCGCACCAGAUUGUUACGCGUCAUUGAAGAAAAUGCAGGUCGUGUCUUGACAGAGGCAGAGCGCAAGGCCCUUAUUCAAGGUGCCGAAGAACAAGACUUGGUCUUCUCUGGUUUAGAAGACACUAUGAUCAGCUCUUGCGAAGAAACUCGACAAACUGCCAAACUCAAGAACGUGGACUACCGAACUGCAGCUUACAUUAAUGCUAUCCAAAAGAUCGCCACCUCCUAUGAAGGCUCUGGCAUGUUGUUCAUGACUUAA